AUGUCCGGCAACGAGGAUGCUGAGCGUUCGAGGCGAAACUAUAUCGCGCCGUACAAUCGUCAUAACCCUGUGCCCACCAUAGCCAAGUAUCGUCAAGAAAAGGAGGAAAGGCUGAACGCUGGAGAAGCCGCGCAUUAUUUAGAGCCAUCUAGAACCGAUCGUGCCAAGGAGAACUGGCGAGCAUACUGGAAAGGUGAGGAGAAGACCGCUGACGAGGGCGCUCAUCAUCCUCACCACAAGGAUGAGCAGCAAGAUGCUGGCGCCAAGUCCGCUGAAUACGACAACGAACAAGUCCAAGACGAGCUGGAGCAUGAGGAGCAUACAAUAGACACCUCCGAAGCAGCACCAAUCGCCCGCGACCCGAAGAGCAUUCGAAAGGAUAUCAAGAAGGGGAGGGAAGAGAGGGCUGAGCGCACAGUCACAGAUCCAGUCACGCAUCUGCCUGUCAACAUCUCCGACUUCACAAGCGACUCGCUUAAGGACGUUGACGAGAAUGAAGUCCCCUUCGGCAAGACCGCAAGGACCGCGACCGGCCUCAGUAAUAAGCGCAAAUCGACGAAAGAGCUUGAAUCGGAGCGGAAAGAUAUGCAAGAGGGAUUGGAGUCCAUCAACUCCCUUUUCCCACCUCCUAGCUAUGAUGUGCUGAGAGGCGACAUCGUAAGUAUAAACAAGCUCGGUAUCACUGUGGGGCUGCUGGGGACCGCAGCUAUAUUACUGCUUGCUGUGGGAAUAGAACAUAUCCUCGAGCCCAAUCGCAUUGCACGCUGGACCAGAAGCAACGAGCGAUGGUGGCUGUACAAGUCUGGCGUCUGGGCCGUGCUCGCAUUGCUCACCAUUGCAGCUAUCUGGGAGUUGGUUGCUGGAGUGCGAAUGUGGAUGGCGAACCGAAUCAACGAUGUUUGGGAGGAGCAGAUCUGGGAGGCCAACCUGGAAGCCAAGGAGCGGGAAGCCAAAGCUCACCAGACCGAGUCUGUCGCCUGGCUCAACUCUCUUGUGAGCUCCGUCUGGCCUCUCAUCAACCCCGAUCUCUUCACUAGCGUGGCAGAUAUGCUGGAGGACGUUAUGCAGGCGUCCUUGCCUAGGCUGGUGCAGAUGGUUUCGGUAGAAGAUAUUGGACAAGGUAAUGAAAGUCUUCGCAUACUCGGUAUUCGGUGGCUGCCAAGCGGCGCUGCUGCUCGAUCCGUCGGUGAUGACGGCAAGCUCCACAAAGACGAUCAUUCGAAUGACAGAGCAGUACCAGGGAAAGGGGAGGUCGACAACGACGCAGGGCAGACCGCUGUUGCAGAAGGUAUGGAGGCUGAAGAAGGCGACUUUAUCAACCUCGAAGUGGCUUUUGCGUAUCGUGCUCGUGCAUCCAAGUCCUUCCGCGACCGCACAAAGGACAUUCACAUGUACCUGGCCUUCUACCUUCCCGGCAACAUCAAGCUGCCGGUAUGGGUAGACAUGAAGGGCAUCAUUGGGACUUGCAGACUGCGCUUGCAGUUGACACCCGAUCCGCCAUUCUUCUCGCUCUGCACUUUGACAUUCCUGGGACAACCAAAAGUUGACAUCAGCUGCAUCCCACUUUUCAAGCGCGCUCUAAAUAUCAUGGAUCUGCCAUUGAUCUCUAAUUUCGUGCAAAGCUCAGUGGAUGCGGCAAUGGCUGAAUAUGUCGCUCCGAAGUCACUCACUCUCGACCUGAAGGACAUGAUUGCGGGUGACGACUUCAAGAAAGACACCAAUGCUAGAGGCGUCCUCGUUGUAGACAUCAUGCACGGGUAUGACUUCAAGAUGGGCGAUGCAGCGAUUCCGCUCAUUUCGGAAGGUGGCUCGGAUCCACACGUUUCAGUCGGAUGGGCAAAGUUUGGCAAACCUAUGUUCUCAACCAGAGUGCUGAUCAAGGAGAUGGAGCCGUACUGGCAUGAGAGAUGCUAUCUGCUCGUAACAGCACAAGAGCUCAAUGUCGAUGAGCGUCUUCGUGUCCAGCUGUGGGAUUCUGAUCGCUUCACCGCCGACGAUGACCUAGGGAGGAUUGAGGUCGAUCUAAAGCAGAUUAUGAGAUCCAGCGACACCAACGGCAAGAUGUGCUACCGCACGGAUGGCUUCAAGGCUCUGAAAGCCGGCGAAAGCAUGCCUGGCAAGCUUGAGUGGCAGGUCGGCUAUUUCUCCAAAACGCGACUACAGGAGUGCCAAUUCGAGGAGCAGACGUACGACGAGUCCAUUCGUUCUCAACGAGACCUGGACACGAAAGUCGAAAAGACCUGUGAGCGGAAGCUUCGAGAAGCAAUGAUCAAGAAAGGUCGUCACUCUCGCACCGAUCAAGAGCUCAAGCAGCAGAAGGAGCAAGAAAGGAAGGUGCUUGAAGAUGCCAUUAUCAUAUCUGCGCCUCCGCCCGAUGACUACCCCAGUGGAAUUUUCAGCAUUGUUGUUCACCAAAUCACUGGCCUGGAACUGGAGACUCCGGGCAAAUCUCAAGUCGACAAGAAGGCUCAUCAUGAAGACGAAGAAGAGGAAGGAAAAGAUCUACCCUCUGCUUACUGCACGGUCAUCAUCAACCACAAGAAGGUCUUCAAGACCAGGACGAAACCGAAGAACGCCAAGCCCUUCUAUAACGCAGGCACCGAACGCUUUAUUGGCGACUGGCGCAGCGCGGAAGUCCAUGUCUCUGUGCGAGAUGCGCGUGUCGACGAAAAUGAUGCCCUCCUCGGGAUAGUGCACCUGCCGCUGGGAGAAGUUUUCAAGCAUCGCGCUCAAGUCAACGGCUUCUACCCACUGACGGGUGGAGUCGGCUAUGGCAGAGCGAGAAUUUCCAUGGUCUGGCGAAGUGUCCAGCUUCAAGCUCCUCCCGAAACAGUCGGAUGGGAAUAUGGCACUGUGGAAAUCUCCCCGACGAUUUCAAGUUCUGACAUUCAAAGCGAUUUGAAAGACCUCAAGCUGAAAUGGCACACCAACAUUGGAACAGGGAAAAUGUAUCCCAACAAUGAUGGCACCUGGAACACCCGAAGACGAACAGGAAAGGAAGCAACGCGAAGCCUCUUCCUCCCCGUCCACAAGCGCUACGCGUCCUGCUUAUCCCUUCGCUUCAAGAAGAACAAUAUGGUCGGCAAAGACACGACCGCCGCUUUUGCAGUUCUCUGGCUCAAAGACCUUCCCGAUGACGAAGAACGCGACAUCGAGCUUCCAAUCUACACGGGUGACUACGACCGCGCCGUCGCCAACACUCUUAAAGAACCCGGCGAGAAAAGAGUCGGUACAAUCAAAGUUAAGCUCACAUUCUGGGCCGGUCUGGGUGCCGCUCAUCAGCGCUGGGCGAACAAAGACCAAGAUUUGAAACAAGUCAUGGAAGUUCUCGAUACCGCGAGAGAUAAUUACGAGAGUAAGAAGAAUGCGGAAGAGCUUGGGAUUCUUGAGGGUGAUGGGAAUGAUACGUCGGGUUCGAGCUCGGAUGAGGAAAGCGAUGGUAGCAGUGACGACGAGGAUGAGAAGAAGUCUGUUGAUGGUGAUGAGGGUAAGAUGAAUUUGAUCGAUCAGGCGAAGGAGUAUAAGAAACACGCGAAGCAAAAGCAUAGGCAUCAGCGGGGUUUGAUGCAGUAUAAGGUGAGAUGGAGAGAUGGGGUGAAUUUUUUUUUUUCAAUUUACUGA